GAUGAUGACUGGGACAUGAGUGAUGCUGGGGUGGUGUGCAGACAGCUGGGCUGUGGAGUUGCUGUAGAUGCACUAGGAGGUGCUCACUUUGGACCAGGGUCUGGGACAAUAUGGAUGGAUGAUGUGUCCUGCAGUGGAUCAGAAUCCUCACUGAAGCAGUGUGGGUCAGCAGGAUGGGGUGAACAUGAGUGUAAUCAUGGAGAGGACGCUGGAGUGAUCUGCUCAGAGGUCAGGCUGGUGGGCGGGACUGACCUGUGCUCUGGGAGAGUAGAGGUGCAUCAUGGGAGCUCCUGGGGCACGGUGUGUGAUGCUGACUUUGACCAGCGGGACGCAGAGGUUGUGUGCAGGGAGCUGGGCUGUGGGGCUCCUAAAGAGCUGCGUGGGGCAGCUGCAUUCGGCCAGGGCGAGGGCCAGGUGUGGGCAGAGGAGAUUCAGUGUAGAGGCAAUGAAUCUCAGAUUAACUUCUGCCCCACUGCACCCUCACAGAAUCAACCCUGCUCCCAUGGAAACGAUGUGGGCCUGGUGUGUUCUGAGGUCAGGCUGGUGGGCGGGACUGACCUGUGCUCUGGGAGAGUAGGGGUGCAUCAUGGGAGCUCCUGGGGCACGGUGUGUGAUGCUGACUUUGACCAGCGGGACGCAGAGGUUGUGUGCAGGGAGCUGGGCUGUGGGGCUCCUAAAGAGCUGCGUGGGGCAGCUGCAUUCGGCCAGGGCGAGGGCCAGGUGUGGGCAGAGGAGAUUCAGUGUAGAGGCAACGAAUCUCAGAUUUACUUCUGCCCCAGAAAACCCUCACAGUAUCAACCCUGCUCCCAUGGAAACGAUGUGGGCCUUGAGUGUUCUGGGUCUGGGCGAAUAUGGAUGGCUUAUGUGUCCUGCAGUGGAUCAGAAUCCUCACUGACGCAAUGUGGGUCAGCAGGAUGGGGUGAACAUGACUGUGAUCAUGGAAAGGAUGCUGGAGUGAACUGCUCAGGUAGGACCCAGUCUCCUCAAAUUGUCAGGCUGGUGGGCGGGACUGACCUGUGCUCUGGGAGAGUAGAGGUGCAUCAUGGGAGCUCCUGGGGCACGGUGUGUGAUGCUGACUUUGACCAGCAGGACGCAGAGGUUGUGUGCAGGGAGCUGGGCUGUGGGGCUCCUAAAGAGCUGCGUGGGGCAGCUGCAUUCGGCCAGGGCGAGGGCCAGGUGUGGGCAGAGGAGAUUCAGUGUAGAGGCAACGAAUCUCUGAUUUACUUCUGCCCCACAGAACCCUCACAGAAUCAACCCUGCUCCCAUGGAAACGAUGUGGGCCUGGUGUGUUCUGGGUACACAGAGUCCAGGCUGGCUGGCGGCCAUGACAUCUGCUCUGGUCGAGUGGAGUUGAAGUACCAGGGUACCUGGGGGACAGUGUGUGAUGCAUGCUGGGAUAGCAGGGCCUCCAAUGUCCUCUGCCGGCAGCUGGGGUGUGGGACUGCAGUGGCAGUGCCAGGACAGACCUGGUUUGGAAUUGGGAGUGGGCCAAUCAGCCACGAUGUGUUUGAUUGCCGUGGGAACGAGACAUGGCUCUCACAGUGUGCGGUUUCCUCUUGGAGCCGAGCUGCGUGCUCACCUGAACAAGAGGCUGGAGUCAUCUGCAAUGGCUCUGUUCUCUCCACUCUGGACGGGACGGUUCGGCUGGCUGGAGAGAGUGAGUGUGGGGGCCCAGUGGAGGUGUACUACCAGGAGACCUGGAGCAGAGUGGGGGGGUCCUGGAGCUCCAGGGAGGCGUCGGUGGCCUGCAGGCAGUUGGGCUGCGGCUCUGCGGUGCAGGUCUACAGCUCCUCUCCUUCUGGGACGGGGGCCAGUGACGUGUGUCUGACGGGGUUUGAGUGCUCCGGGAGAGAGUCUCACCUGGUGAACUGCAGCACUCCACACAAUCUCACCUGCAGCUCCAGGGAACGGGUGUCCAUCGUCUGCUCCAACCGCCGGUCCCUCAGGCUGGUAGGGGGAGGGGGGCGCUGUGCGGGGCGGGUGGAGGUGCUCCACGACGGUUCUUGGGGGACGGUUUGCGAUGACUCCUGGGACCUGGAGGAUGCUCAGGUGGUGUGCAGGCAGCUCCAGUGUGGGACGGCCCUCAGUGCCCCGCUACCCUCCUUCUUUGGGCCAGGAAAUGGACGUGUCUGGCUGGAUGAGGUGGGCUGUGUGGGGAACGAGACGUCCCUGUGGGACUGUCCCACAGCCGGAUGGGGACAGACUGACUGUGGACACAAGGAGGACGUGGGGGUCGUGUGUUCAGAAUUCAAGGAGAUGAGACUGAGUGAAGGCUGUUCUGGGAAUUUGGAGGUGUUCUACAAUGGCACCUGGGGCAAUGUGUGCUGGAAUGGGAUGGAGGAAGACACAGCUACUCUCAUAUGUCAGGAGCUGAACUGUGGGAACACGAGUAAAGUGUCUCAAACAGGACCGAGAGUGGAAUCUGCUCCAAACUGGCUGGAUCGUGUCCAAUGUCGCCCACAUGACUCCACUCUGUGGCAGUGCCCCUCAGCCCCUUGGGGUGAAAAUAAGUGUGAUAAAACAGUGGCUGUGCUCAACUGUACAGCGGAAGUGGAUGAGAAUGAGCCAAGGAGCAAGUUGUCAUGUUCCUCAGCGAAAAAUCAGAGACCUUGCACAAAUCACUGGCCCCUCCGGGUGGUGGGGGGGGCAGGCGGGUGCUCUGGGAGGCUGGAGGUGUUCCAUGGGGGCUCCUGGCGGUCGGUGUGUGGAGACUCCUGGGACAUGAUGGAUGCCCGUGUGGUGUGCAGACAGCUGGGCUGUGUGUUAGCACAGGGGGCUCAUGGUAAUGCUACUUUUGGGACGGGGAAUGGCACCCUCUGGCUGACUGAGGUGAACUGCAGGGGCACUGAGCUGCACCUGUGGGACUGCCCACACUCUGUGCACAGCAGCUGCCGAUCGCAGAACCAGGCUGGGGUCACCUGCACAGCUGUGACCACGCCCACGCCACCCACGCCCAUGCCGCCCGUGUCCAAGAGUCCCGUGUCCAAGAGUCCCGUGUCUAAGCGUAACGUGCCCAAGCCUCCCCCGCCCCCUCCUUCCGGCCUGUCUAUCCCAGCAGUGGCCUUCCUGGUGAUGGGGGCGCUGUCCUUCCUGCUGCUGGUGCUGCUGGGGGUUCUGCUGCUCCAGAACAGAGAUCUGAGGAGAGCCCUGUCUCAGUGGGACCAUGCCCGUCUCCUCGAGCCCAUCUACGAGGAGAUCAAGUACAACCUGGAGAGUGAGGGAAUGGACAGCGCCCCCCAGUGGGGGAGGAGCCUAUCUGAGGACCCGCCCUCCGGGUAUGAAGACGUGGGGGACGGCAAGGGACACUCCCUCUCAGGGGACCUGGUGAUGGAGGACGCCGCAGAGAGCUACGAUGAUGUCAUCACUGCUGUGGAUGCGCACCCAGACAGUGUGGCAGGGGAGCUGGCCGAGGGAGACGCACCAGAGUACUAUGAUGAUGUCAUCACCACCCAGCAGAGCCCGGAGGCUUUUUCAGCUGCCAGUGGGAUGGACUAUGAUGAUGUGGGGGAGGAGCCACCUGAAACAGCAUUCUGAGAUUUUGUGGGAGGAAGUGCCCGCCCAGCAGUUUGGAUCGCAUAGCUUACAGCAUACACACAGCUAAAGGAAAAUGUUUUAAUAUAAAACCACAUCCUCCUAGAUCAGCCAUUCAUCAAUGAGUAAUUCACCUGAAAUGAUUGACAGCAGGUUCCUUAGCUUGCUCAUGAAUCAGGACAUUGAAAGUGUUGGUACUUUUACACAUUGGAUAUAGAUAAUGGAUUGCAUUUUUAGGUAUGUAAGAAUGAAAACAAUUAUCUUUAGCCUGUGUAGGCCUUUGCUUUAGAUGUGUGUGUAUCUCCAUCAAACCCUUUCAGUUGUGGCUGCUGUGUGCAUCAUGUGUGGGUCAGAGCUGUCCGUGUUGGCUCUCUGAUCGACACAUGGAUGUGUUAUCAGCCAGACAGCAGUGAUCCAGCAUCCCAACUCUCCUUGCUCCUCUGCAAGAUCACAUUUUUAAACUCCCCUUGCUCCUCUGCAAGAUCACAUUUUUAAACUCUCCUUGCUCCUCUGCAAGAUCACAUUUUAAAAGAUGAUUUUAUUGUACAUAGCUGGUGAGUUCCUUGCACUGGCUGCCUUGUUACUAUUGAAAACUAUUUCAUACUACUGUCAUUACUAUUAUUUCAUACUACGUUAGAACAGACUUUUACUUCCUUUUUAUAAAAUUGUUUUUGUUUCGAUAUUUCUUGAAGACUUACUACUAUUUCGUUAGAACAGAACUUUCUCCUGUGUGAAUUUACAAAUCUUUUCCCAGUGAUGAAAAUAUUUUCAAUAACAGAAAUAUAUAUUUUUACUACCUUUUUAUGAAAUAGUUUUAGAUAUUUUGAUUCUAUAUUUCUUUAAGACUUAUACAGCUUUUUAUUGACAGCAUUUCAUGAAAAUUAAAUAUUGUUUUACUAAAAUGCUCAAUGUAUUUCUUUGCCUUAAGCAAUACCAGUCUUUUAACAGCAGCACCUCAAUAUAUUUUCAAAUAAAGGCUUAUAGAACGAUUGA